AGAGCUCUGUCGGAAGCAAUUUACCCAUUAACAUUGUGGGCGAUCUGCGUGGCAACGUGCCUAACAGGUAGCAGGCACAUAUAUCACGUGAUGUGGAGGGGUAAAGCAGUUUUGAGUUAAGUGGAACAAAUCCAAGUUGGGCACCUUAAAGUCAAUGGCUGCAACAGUUCAUCCAGCAAGAGUAUCUUGCCACUCUCGAUGACAUUGAGGAAAAUUCUCUAGUUUGCCCUUGCGUUUCAUCCAGGCUGUCAGACCGGCGGACAUACCUACCAAAACUCUUACCCCUCAAAAGACACUGAAACCACAAUAACGGUGACAAUCUUAAGUGGACGAUAGCACGACAUUGCCGUUUGAAUACAUACUUCAAGCGACAGCAAUCAGUUAAUUGGCGGUGGCUUAUCUCUACAAUGCUUCAGAAAAUCAAGGCUCGCAGAUCCACAACACAAAAUGAGCUUUUAGAACUCUGUGAAAGGGAGCUUUCUUGCCCUCGAUGCACUAUUGUGCCUGGACCGACGACAGAAGUUGUAUAUAAGACUCUACCGCCCACGAAUACCAUUGCCAUUGUCGUUGACAUAUCCUCAUCUGGUGGAGCAAUAAAGAUUGGGGAAUCAGCAAAUAAUAAUCUGGGUGUUGCUGCUGUGGGCAGGGUUGGCACGGAGGAUGCAACUGAUUUGGUCAUUGUGCCUUGGAAUGUCGACUGGUGGUUCUACUCAAUUGGAUCUGUUAGCAUCCAAUAUAUUGUCAAGGUACGGUAGUCCUUUCUCAACUUACACAUGAUCUGGUGUCUUUGGGUGCUAAAAUGAAGCGACAUCUCAUCCGUGACAGGAAUAGUUAUGAAAGAAAAUGAUGCGUUGUCGUAUGGUUCUGUCAUCCAUACUUGGCCUGCGAUUUGGUCUGACGCAGCAAUUGUGCGAGCAUCUU